AUGGGCAGGACUUCACUCAAAGGUAAGGAAACAUGAGCAUGGACACUGCAGCCUGCUUAUUUAGUGUGCCAUUGGAUUUCAUUACUGUAUCACCUGGUACACAAAUGGCCAGAAUUCUUUCCUCAUUUUCCAGCAGUCUUAGUGUUCGGACAAUAGUAGUGUUUGUAACGCAAGAUGGAGGACAGCCGUAUUUCUUCAGAGAUCACAUUUAUUUUGGGAAAUUGACAGGAGAAGACAGGAGAACCAUUGUUUUAGGUGAUAAUAAAACAUGUUGAGUUGCUUUUUCCUAAACUUGCUUCUCUUACUUUCUAGCAAGUCAAGAUAACUUCCACAGAGCAGCUAACGUUAGCUGGUAACUUCCACAGAGCAGCUAACGUUAGCUGGUAACUUCCACAGAGCAGCUAACGUUAGCUGGUAACUUCCACAGAGCAGCUAACGUUAGCUGGUAACUUCCACAGAGCAGCUAACGUUAGCUGGUAACUUCCACAGAGCAGCUAACGUUAGCUGGUGACUUCCACAGAGCAGCUAACGUUAGCUGGUGACUUCCACAGAGCAGCUAACGUUAGCUGGUGACUUCCACAGAGCAGCUAACGUUAGCUGGUGACUUCCACAGAGCAGCUAACGUUAGCUGGUGACUUCCACAGAGCAGCUAACGUUAGCUGGUGACUUCCACAGAGCAGCUAACGUUAGCUGGUGACUUCCACAGAGCAGCUAACGUUAGCUGGUGACUUCCACAGAGCAGCUAACGUUAGCUGGUGACUUCCACAGAGCAGCUAACGUUAGCUGGUGACUUCCACAGAGCAGCUAACGUUAGCUGGUGACUUCCACAGAGCAGCUAACGUUAGCUGCAUCAUACUACUCAGUCAGUCACAAUUUACCCAUGAUACAUCACGAUUUUGAAGCUCUGGAACACGGCCUAAUGCUGUGUUCAUAACCAAGUGGGAAGGUGAUCAUUUCCAGUUGUGAAGUAGAAAUAUGAGGUGGAUGCAUUCACGUGCAUUAAACUCGUUGAGAAAUGCAGAAUGGCUAAUGGCAACAAGCUGAGGUCAGCAUGUGAGAGAAGUCGGAGCUCAGGGAUGAUAGACGAGUUUCCAACUAGUAAUUACCACUUGGAGGGCCGUUCAAGUGGAUAUUUCUGUCAUGUGGUAAAUACUACCUUCCCACUUGGUUAUGAACACGGGCGGGGUCAGUGUUGAUGUGUUUGUGUUUUCAGAUCAGAUGGAGCAAGCAGGAAGACUCCUUCCUCCAGGUCCUUCUCCUGCUAAAGGUAACGUUAGACUCCUAGUAGAGAUGACCGCUAGCUUUUACCAUUUUAAAAGUUUGAACGUGUUGUUCAAACUUUUAUCUAACUGCAAAGUAACUUUGAUUUAUUAAAUAAAAUGUUCUGUGUCUAUUUUGUACUCCUGUUACAUCAAUAUAUACAUGUAGGUCUGUCAGGACUAUUAACCCUUUCUUGUUUCUGUCUCAGAGUCGUUCAGUUGGGAGGAGUACCUGAAGGAAACAUCGUCUACCCCGGCUCCCCCUAGCUUCUUCAGGCAGGUAUGUGUCCAUCUCCCCCGGCUCCCCCUAGCUUCUUCAGACAGGUAUGUGUCCAUCUCCCCCGGCCAGGUAUGUGUCCAUCUACCCCGGCCAGGUAUGUGUCCAUCUCCCCCGGCUCCCCCUAGCUUCUUCAGACAGGUAUGUGUCCAUCUCCCCCGGCUCCCCCUAGCUUCUUCAGACAGGUAUGUGUCCAUCUACCCCCGGCUCCCCCUAGCUUCUUCAGACAGGUAUGUGUCCAGUGACAGCAGAGAAAGCUAAGUGACAGUACGGUGUCUCUCUCCAGUCCAGAGUCCCUCCCUCCAAUGACUUCAAGGUGGGGAUGAAGCUGGAAGUCCAUGACCCUCGGAACUCCACCUCGGUGUGCAUCGCCACGGUGAUGGGCAUGACGGGUGUGCGGCUGCGUCUCCGUCUGGAUGGCAGUGACAACACCAAUGACUUCUGGAGGCUGGUCGACUCCUCAGACAUCCAGCCUAUAGGAACCUGUGAAAAGAAUGGGGACAUGCUGCAGCCGCCACUGGGUACGUUAACCAUAACCCUACCCAUAACCCACUGGGUACGUUAA